CUUCUUCGGCCACCCCAAAACUUUAAGUGAUAAAUCCAGAAGGUAGUUUUACACUGCUGAUUGCUAUGGCCGGCAAAAAUGAUUUGAAGAUGAUUUUAGCUUCUGAAGGUGUUAAGUACCUUGAAUCUGCAAGUGAGAAGGUCCCUUGGAGUGCGAUCGAUGGGAAGACAAUAUGCCUAUUUUUCUCGGCGAGCUGGUGCAAGCCGUGCAGAGCCUUUACACCCGAUUUGGUGACACUUUACAACUUUGUGAAAGACAAAGGAGAAAAUCUAGAGGUAAUCUUAGUAUCGAAUGACCGAGAUGAAACUUCAUACAGGGAGCACCUCAAAACCAUGCCAUGGCUUGCAAUUCCGUUUAAUUUGAAUCGAUAUAAACGAUUAGUUCGCCUCUUCAACAUUGAUCAUAUCCCAGCUCUUAUUUCCCCGAGUUCGGAAGGAAAUAGUGUUGAUAAUGACGUUGUGGGAAUGGUUGAAGAUUAUGGUGCUGAUGCAUUUCCAUUCACAACCAAAAGAAUACGCGAAUUAAAAGCAAUGGAUGAGAGAAAGCAACGAGGUGGUGUAAUUGAAGAUCUUUUAGCACAUUCAGGGAGGGACUAUGUCAUCUCCAAGGAUGGGAGAAAGAUAUUGGUGUCAGACCUUAAGGGUAAGACAAUAGGGUUGUAUUUUGGGGCACACUGGUGCCCUCCUGCUCGAAAUUUUACAAGACAACUCAAUGAGGCUUACACAGAGCUUGUAACCAUCCUAAACCAACCAUUUGAAGUAAUCUUCGUGUCAACAGAUCGAGACCAAGAAGAAUUUAUCAGCAACUUAUCUAACAUGCCGUGGAAGGCCAUUCCAUACGAGGAUAAAACCCGAAAAGACCUCAAACGAAUCUUCAACAUAAAAGGAAUACCAACUCUUAUCCUUAUUGGACCUGAUGGUAAAAUUAUUGGCUCCAAUGGAAGGGCUAUCAUAUCCAUGUAUGGUGCAAUGGCAUUCCCAUUCACAGAAACAAGGAUUGCAGAAAUCGAGGAUGCUUUAAGGGAAGAAGGAGAAAGAUUGCCUAGUAAAGUCCAAGACCCGAAGCACAUACAUGAGCUAAAAUUGGACAUGGCAAAGGGUUAUAUUUGUGAUGCUUGUAGAAAGCAAGGUAGGUUCUGGACUUUCUCCUGUACUGUCUGUGACUAUGAUCUUCAUCCGACGUGUGUCGAAGAAACAUUUUAGACCGGAAAUAUCAUAGAUAUGCAAGUUUGAAAAGUGGUUCAAUUAUCUGAAGUGUCAUUUUUCGAGGUCAUGAACAAUUUCUGUGCAAGUGAACCUCCUGUAAUACUAUGGAUAUCGUGUCGUGCUGGGCUGCCGGAGUGUCAUGCUUGUCAUACAUCGUGCCAAAUCAUACCGUGUCAAUUUGGGUCGUGCUUGGCCAUCCAAGGUAUAACUCUGGAUAUCGUGCAGUGCUGGGCGGUUCAUGUGCUGUGCCUAUCAUGUCUCGUGCAAGUCGUGCCGUGAACAAUGUCAUGCUAUGAACAAUGUCGUGCUUUGCCUAAGGAGGGUAGUGUCUGGGAGGCCCACAUGCCAUAUAAUUUUAUAGUACUUGCCUAAUGGAAUUGUAUAUUUGUAUAUUGCUACUACAACAUCUGAAUAGAUCACAACGUACUCCAUCCGUCCCUAUAGGGUAUGAA